CCUGUUUACUAUCACAUCCAUGCCGGCGGCGGCGGGACGGUGAAUUUAACUUUGCGUUGAUAUUUUCACCUUUUAAUCCAAAAUUUAAUAAGGUUUAACCAUGCAACCUUUAUCACUAAACACUAAAGGCGAUGCACAAAUCGAUUUGAACCAAGUUCGGAUAGAUAUUCUGCACGGAAUACGGGAAUGCAGUGACCGUGGAUUAACCCAAACCACUAAGUGGCUUGCUGAAUUAAAUUACGCAUUGAGAGACCAUAAAAUAACUCACGAGGAGCCUAGCGGUGCUUACGACGACGGUAUACUGCAAGAAGAAAAGGAAUCUUAUACGCUGGCAAAGAGUUACUUUGACUGUCAGGAAUAUGAUAGAGCUGCUAAUUUCAUUGAAAAUUGCACAAGUCCCAAGUGCGUAUUCCUUCUCAAAUACUCACAGUACAUGUCGAGUGAAAAGAAAAGAUUGGAUAAUAAUGUAGACUUAGGAUCAGAGAACACCGAGUCAACACAAGUACUGAUUGACUUACUUUCAUUUUUUAAGGCCAACCGCAACAAUCUAGAUGGGUAUUUACUCUAUCUGGAAGGCGUAGUCCUAAAGAAGUUAGAUCUUCGAGGGCAAGCUGUAACCAUCCUCCAAGCAGCAAUAGCUGCUGCUCCAACUCUCUGGGCUGCUUGGGUAGAACUGGCAGGCUUAGCCAAUGAAUAUGAAGCAUUGGAUGCUCUACAACUCCCAAAACACUGGAUGAUGUACUUCUUUGCUGCUCAUGCAUUUGUGGAGCUAAAACUCUCUGAUCAGGCCCUUGAGGCAUAUACAGCGCUGGCUGCAGCUGGGUUCCAUAAAAGCACUUAUAUUACUGCUCAAAUGGCCAUUGCUCAUCAUGACAGGAGAGAUGUAGACUCAUCAUUAGCAUUGUUCCGAGAACUGUGUCAAGUUGACCCCUACAGACUGGAUAAUUGGGAUGUAUAUUCUCAUCUAUUAUAUUUGAAAGAGAAGCGGAUGGACCUCGCCAAACUGGCCCAGAGAGCUGUCUCCAUUAACAAGUAUAGAGUUGAAACUUGCUGUGUUAUAGGAAACUACUACAGUCUAAGAAAUGAGCAUCAGAAAGCAGUAGUGAACUUCCAAAGAGCACUAGCUUUGGACCCACAGUAUCUUUCAGCUUGGAUCCUCAUGGGGCAUGAGUUUAUUGAACUACAGAAUUCAAAUGCUGCUAUACAGUGCUACAGACAGGCUAUUGACGUAAAUAGAAAUGAUUAUAGAGCUUGGAAUGGUCUUGGCCAAGCAUAUGAAAUACUUGGUCUGAACGGGUACUGCAUAUAUUACUAUUCGAGGGCUGCACAGCUGAAGCCCGACGACUCUAGAAUGCUAGUCUCAUUAGGAGAAGCUUAUGAGAAGAUGGAUAAAAUACCCAACGCCUUGAAGUGUUACUAUAAAGCUCAUAGUACAGGAGAUAUUGAGGGCAUGGCUCUGUUCAAAUUGGCCAAAUUAUACGAGAAAUGCAACAUGCCGAACAGCGCAGCAGCUGCGUAUACGGCGGCGUGUCAGGAUCCUGUGAACGCUGGCAGCAAGGAGUUACCAGUGGCGCUGCGAUAUCUCGCGCAAUAUUAUCUCCGUUUCACAUUACUGGACCGCGCAGCUCACUAUGCCUAUAAAUGCUUGGAGCAUGAGAGUAUAAAAGAAGCUGGGAAAAAUAUUUUAAAAACUAUAUCAGAAAAGCGGCUCUCGGCACCAUCGUCGCCACCUGCUACCCUUCCGGACUACUUGCCCGAAGCUAUAAAAAGCGCAUCAAUAGUAUCAACGUCACAUGCCACUCCAAAAACACCAUUGCCCAGCCUCAAUGCCACCCCUGACAACUUUUCGACUCCAGUAUUUUCGAGAAAUAAUAAAUAUAAAAUGUGAUUAACCUAACACUUUGUAAAUAUAAAGUUAUUUUAAAGGCUGAACCAGUGUUUAGUGAAAGCAACUGUUUCUAAAAUAAUAAAUGCAAGAAUAGGUACCAUAACUUAUAUUUUUUAUGAAACUCAUAAGUAAAAUUAAAAUGCAUUUAAUUUAUUUAAAAAAAUGUAAUAGUGGUUAAAAUUUACACCUUUUUUAUACAAGUUAACAGAUCUCAGUGCUGAAAUAGUAAAAAAAAACAAUUACAUUCAACUAAAUAAAUAGUCAAGUGCGUUAAAUAUGAAAAUAAAAUUGUUCAAGUUAGCUCAUUGAAAAUAAAAAAUUACUGAUUACAAUCACAGACGAAGCAAAUAAUAGUUUGAGAGCUUUUCCCACAUAUUGGGUACUAUUAAUGAGGAUAAAAGACUUUGUUCCAUUAAAAC